AUGGCUCAUGACCUCUUACGGGUGCGUGACUUUCUCUUAUAUUUUAGGAGUGUGGCUGUCAACAAGGGGCGCCUGAAGCGGAUGGGUAUCACUCACAUUCUAAAUGCCGGGCACAACACCACGGUGUUCACGGGGCCCGAGUUCUACACCGGCAUGGAGGUCCAGUACAUGGGCGUUGAAGUCGAUGACUUUCCCGAAUGCGACAUCUCAAAGUUUUUCAGACCGGCCGCCGAGUUCCUUGAUGAAGCUUUGCUCACCUACCGGGGUAAAGUUUUGGUGAACAGUGAGAUGGGCAUGAGCCGAUCUGCAGUCUUGGUUGCUGCAUACUUGAUGAUCUUUCACCACAUGACCAUUCAAGAGGCCCUAAUGACAUUACGCAAAAAGCGAGCAAUCUACCCCAAUGAUGAAUUUAUUAAACAGCUCCGUGAACUUAAUGAAACCUUACUUGAAGAGCGUGAAUAUUUUGACGUUGAUGACGAUGAUGAUAAUAACAGUCAAGGCUCCGUCAUACAAGCCAAGGCUCAUUCCAUAGUCGUGGAGGAAGAAGAGGUGGAGAGUGUCAUGGGUGCCAAGGCUCAUUCUAUCACAGUGGAAGAAGAAGAUACAACUAGCAUCAUGGGCAGCGCCAUGAGCAUGAUGGAAAAGUCAAGCGUGGUUUCAAAACAGCCCACCCUGAUUGAUGAAGAUGAGGAAGAAAAGAUUUAUGAAGAAUGGAGAAAAAAACAAGGGCUUCCUCCUAAAGAGAUACCGACAAAAGAAAGUGGACAAGACCCUAAACUCCCAGAAGAAGCAGAUGGCGAUUAUGUCCAGCAGAUGGUUUACAACUGGCAGAAAGAAAACAGUAAAUAUCAAGCCCUCCACCCUGGAGAAGAUGGAAGUUCUCUGAUGAGCGAGAGAAGAUAUUCGCCAAGUGAAAUAAGCGAUGUGGAAAGCAUCACCUCUCAGGAGAUUCGGAUGCUGAAACAGCAAUUUGCUGCAAGUAGAAUGAACAGGGGGCGAACUGACUCAGUAUCUACAGACAGUACCUGGGACAUGUGGAACGAAAGACUCUUGGAAAUUGAAAAGGAAGCCAAGACCAAGGCUGAGAAAGGAGAGAAAAGCAGAGUUAAGGACAUCGAUGAGGAAAGCCUUUGCUCAGAGGCAAGUUCUUUGUUCAACUUUUGCAAGAAGAACAAAAGUAAGCUCACUCCACUGGAGAGGUGGAAGGUUAAAAGAAUCCAGUUUGGUUACCACAAAAAGGACUCCGAAGCUUCUGAUGCUCAAAGUAAAGAUGAAAACAAGAAGAAAGAAGAUGAUGAAACAAGUCAGUCGGACGUUGAUGUAACAGCUUACCAAGCGUGGAAACUAAAACAACAAAAGAAAGUGGGCAAUGAAAAUAAAGAUGAAAUUGUUGAAAUUGCCAAAGGAGAAGACAGUGCAGCUAUCAAACGCAGGCAGAGGAGGGCUGAGAUCCUGGAACGUUCCAAGCAGAAUUUAGAGGAGAGCCAAUCUAUUUGUGGUUGGGAUAAUGAAAGUACAUUGAGCGGUACUCUCCCGUUAGCUGCACUUUUUGCUGGUUCCCAGUCAGUCAGUGGUGCUAGUGACACAGCGUCCAUGUUGAGCAUGCAAAGCAACAGAUCACGAGUGUCUCAGGCAAGUCAAGCACAGGUACCCUUAGUUGCUCCACCCAAUCUGCCUCCUGGUGCAGGAGAUGCUGUUGCCAUCGCAAGCAUUCAAAACUGGAUAGCAAAUGUGGUGAAUGAAACCAUAGCUCAAAAAACAAAUGAGCUCAUGAUGAUGUCACGAGCUUCCUCGGCUAUGAGCAUGGCUUCUGGAGAUCUUGGAAGAAUAGGGGAAGAUGACAGAUCUUCUGUACUUGGUGGGUCUUGCCUGUCCGGUUCUGGGCUGCAGCAACGGGAUUCAGUGUUGUCUCACAACACAUCAAUGAGUUCAAAUACAAACAUAUCUAGUACAAAGAGGAAGAUCACCCAAACCAGUGUGCCUUUGUAUGGACUCUUCAUGGAUGAUGUAGACCUGAAAAAGCUUAACCAAAAAGAAAAUGAAUUGAGAGAAGAGCAUGCGGAAAAAUUAUCCCAGUAUCGUAUGGAAAAAGUUGUGUCUGAUAACAAGCGCAGCUAUAUGUUCAAAAAGAAAAAGGCAAAAGACAAGGAUGGGGAAGAGGAAGAGAAGGAGAGCAUUUUGAGUGCAAACAUUCAGAGUUCCAGACUUUUAUCAAGUCGAGAGUUGGACAAAAGUGAGAAAACUUCCUAUCUCGGCAGUCAGUUUGCCAGUUCCAAGAGUACCAGCUCCGAGCAGGAGAGGAAUAUUAGCAAAUGGCUCCGAAACGUUAACACUGACAGCAGAACAACAUCAGAAAGCGAGAACAUUUCUGAAAGGAUUUCCAGGAGAUCAGACUAUCAGAGGGAGACAAAUUCUGAAGUUGGCGGAUACAGCAGGAGAUUCACAGAACAAGAUAAAGACGCUUCUUCGUCUUACCAAAGUUACAGAGACACCCAGAGAUCUUCGUCAAGGUUUUCAACAUCCUCCGAAGAAGAAAGCAGCUACGUACGGAAGUCUAAAACUCACAACUCUCAAUACAUGAAGAAUGAGAGCCCUGAACCCAACCUCAGUGACCGUUCUGAAGACAGAAACGGAUUGGAUGACUUUGACUUCUCCACUACUAGGAGACCUAGAACAAGUCGUUUUGAAGAUGUUGAAGAUUCUGGCGUGGCAGAUUCAGUUGAUUCAAGCUCCAAAAGAACAUUCACUCCACGCCUCAGGAAGAGCGAAGAAGAUGAGGACAAAGAGAAUGGCGAUCCGAUGGAAAGUGAAAGUUCUGAGGGUAGAGGGUCUCGGUAUAGAAAGGCCAAAGAGGAUACAGAAGAAAUGGAUGAUGAUGACGCUAUCAUUGCUGCUUGGAGGAACCGGCAGGAGGAAAGCAAAGCAAGAGUUCGAAGAUGUAGAGAGGAAGACUAA